GUUUAGAGAAUAUAUACGUGAUUGGAGACUGAGAUUUUCCUGCCAAUUGAUGUCGUUUGCCAAGGAUCGCAUGGAGAAACUUGGUGGAGCAGAUUGGGUUGGUGGAGUGGGCAACCAUAAGGACUCAUUUCUCCCCCUGUAUUCCAAUUUGCUUGCAUUUCAUUCCAUCUCAAACUGCAUGUUGAAUUGGCAUACAGAAGAUAGGACACAUCUACUGUCUGCUGUUGUUGAACUCGGGAGAACCAUCAGUCCAUUUCUGAGGAACCCUUUGAUCUCUAACCUGUAUUUUUCAGUACUUAAAUCUCAUGAAGAUGCUCUUGAUCUAACCAAUGAUGACCUGAUCUCCAAACUGAGAGGAGAGGAUGUAAUAUGGAAGGGGUUCAAUCCCUAUUUUCUCCUUGGUUAGAUCAGAGUUUGUGCAACUGUAAUAGCUGUGAUUCUUAUACUUUACUCAUACGAAACUUUGUUAAUUAUUGGAGAACCUCAAGGUAAGGAUUCCAGCUUCUUAUUUUCUUGCGGGGAAGGUACCAACCGAAAACGCUUUACAACUGUACCAACCGAAACGCCAUUAAAAUUACAUAACUACCCCCGCUCCGAUCCCCCCAAGUAUAAAUUGGCUGUUGAGUACCAAAAGAGAGCCUUCUUCUUCCUUUGAUCUUCUCUCUUCUCUAAAACCCUCUCAAAAAUCAAAAAUGGCGAAGAAGGCCAAGAUCACUGACAGAGUUCCGGAGCAGAACGACGCCGACGACGAUCACGUCGACGGCGAGCUCGUGGUUUCCAUCGAGAAGUUGCAGGAGGCUCAGGACGACCUCGAGAAGGUUAACGAAGAAGCCAGUGACAAGGUAUUGGAAGUUGAGCAGAAGUAUAAUGAGAUCCGCAGACCUGUCUAUCUGAAACGGAAUGAAAUAAUAAAAACCAUUCCUGACUUCUGGUUAAUUGCUUUCCUUAGCCAUCCUGCAUUAGGCGAUCUAUUGAGCAAUGAAGACAAGAAGAUCUUCAAGUACUUAUAUUCUCUUGAUGUGGAGGACUUCAAAGAUGUUAAGUCAGGUUAUGCUAUCAGAUUUAACUUUAACGAGAAUCCUUAUUUUGAAGAUACAAAGCUAACUAAAACCUUCACAUUCUUUGAUGAUGGGACAACUAAAAUUGUCGGCACCGCCAUCAAAUGGAAGGAGGACAUGGGUGUUGCAAAUGGAGUCAAACACGAGAAAAAGGGAAACAAACGACCAUCUUCUGAGGAGAGCUUCUUCAGAUGGUUUAGCGAAACCGAACAGAAAGAUAUAGCUGAGUUUCAGGAUGAGGUGGCAGAGAUAAUUAAGGAGGAUUUAUGGCCCAAUCCUCUGAAGUACUUCAACAAUGAGGCUGAUGAAGAGGAAUCUGAAGGUGAUGAAGAGGAGAAUGGUGAUGAGGAUGACAAUGAUCGGGAAGAAGACACUGAGGGGGAUAACUAAAUUAUAUGGAUUGCUCUCAAGUUUUGGUAGUCGCAAAAUUGGGUCAGUAAAAGCACUAUGCCAUUGAUAUGAACCGUUUCUUGCUACAUUGGAUGACAAGUUCAAUUUCUACCUUGAUGUUAUCUACCUUCUAGCAGACUAUAAAUUACUGGCCCAUCUUUUGGUUUGCAUGCUUAUGCUUAUAUGUAGAGUUUUAGCUUCAAUGUGAACUAAUCUGCAAUAUCCACGAUUUAAUUACACAAAU